CUUGAACUUGUAGAGAUUUGUUUGCCUCUGUCUUCUAAGUGCUGGAAUUAAAAGCAUAUGCUACCACGCUUGGCCGCAUUCCAGCUCUAACAGUGCUUUAGAGAUGAGGAAAAGCUGAGAAAACUGAUGCCCACAGUAAGAAAUAAGGAGUACAAACUGGGUAUGGUAGUGUACACUUGAGAUCAGAGCACUAAGGCAGGAAGAUUACAAGUUGGGGGCCAGCCUGUCUGAUCUAAGAGAGAGAGAGAGAGAGAGAGAGAGAGAGAGAGACUGGGGUUACAGCUCAGUGAUAGGAGUAUUGCCUAGCAGGGAAAAGAGCUUGCCUGUGGGAGAUAUAAAAGAAACAUACUGUCUUUUCUAUCAAUUAAAUAAGACAAAACUUCACAUAAAAAAUUGCGAAGAAGCCACUUGUCAGAAAUUCAAAUUCCUCCUAAGACCAAUACUUCUUGAAAUCAAAAUAUACAUUCAAGGUUGUACUUGGUGCUGAAAAUUAUAUUCUGCUUAUCAGUGAUGCUUAUCAACUGCAUCACUUUGAGUUAGCCAACCAUGAGCUCUGACCACUCAGAGUUUGAUACAGGACCUCUUUGCAUUUGGAAUAAAGACCCAGUGGGAUCUUCACUGGGUGUGCUUGCUUGCUGGAUUUAGAGCAGCUAUGUUCCCAUCCACCGAGGUAAAACUCUACCCUUGCCUUGCCAAAAUAUUUUGGAUUGUGAGGUCAUUUUCUUGAGAUUCUCAAAUGCAUUUCUAACAUUGCCUAGCAUUGUGAGGCCCUGGGCCCUGGGUUCAACUCUGAGCACUGCAAACAAACAACAAAUAAAAUUCUCCAUACUUGGCCAUGUUCACAAUUCUCUGCCAUCCACCUACUCAUCCACCCCGAGCUGAUAUAUUUGCAUUUCAGGCACCUCAAACCUCCAAGUUUCUACACUUAUGUCCUGGCUAGAAUACCUCUAGGAAGUCCUCAGGAAGUCAAGACUCAAAGCAAACUCCAUUGGUACUUAUACACCCCAUAAGGCUUUACUUUUUUAUUGCUAGGCCUUCAAGUAGGGACUGGCAAAGCAAGGCAUCAAUAAAUACCUGUGGCUCCAUUUCACUAGAUCAUUAGAGUCAGGAGUGGGGGCGGGUGGACAAGAAUCUCCUUGCCCAGUUCUUGGCUGGGAAGUAGAUGCCAUCUAGAAACCACGAGGGCAUGGGCAUCUUCCUGGUUUCCAGGCAUUGGCACUAGGUUUAUUUAAUAGUGCAACAAUAUACCAGGACUGAUAUGCUCUAAACGUUAUGUCAGGUGCUAGGGAUCAAGGAUGAAUGGAGAAAUUAACUGAAGGAUGAAGUUGAACAAAUACUUCAAGAACACUUUAUAAAUCUGUAAGAGGAAAACACAGUUUAAUCUGCGCUUUGGUCCAGGUGUUCUUGGGGAGAGGCUUUCUCUCACCCUCUAAGGAGGAAGAUUGAAGGGGAUUAGAACCAUAAUCCUCAGGUUGGGUGUCAAGGCUUGAGGUCUGAAGCCAGACCCGCACCUGGGCCUAUUGUUUCCUUAAUUCCCAGCAUGGGAUCUUGGAAUUAGAGGUCUGGUUGGCAACCCACUAGCGGUUAAGGGGCCCCAGGACACCCCCAAACGAUUCUCCCUUCACUCAGGAGACUCCACCUACAGGCCUCUUGAACCACUGUUAUCAGGGAUAAUCUCAAGUGAUUUUAGAAGGUGCGACUCCUUUAAAGAAGGUGGCGGACAUGGCGACUGACCCACCGCAGGCUUCGGAAAUCCUAAACACAGGUCGGAUCAGCACACCAUAUCCCUUAUCCCCACCCAGUUCUCUCCAAAAGGGUGGGGGCUCUCCAGAGCGCAGGCGCUGAUAGGCCAGCGCGAUCAUAGGGCGUGGCAAAAUCUUAAAGGCCCAGGGCUAAGCAAGCGCGGAGGCCGUGGCUGUUGCGGGAACCCAGGGUGGAGAUGUCUCGAAGGCCCCUGUAGGUUUCCUUUAAACCUUUCUAAUGCCCAUACUCUAGUCCCAGGCUAUGGAGCCCACCAGAGACUGUCCACUGUUCGGGGGCGCCUUCUCCGCCAUCCUCCCUCCUGGAGCCAUUGAUGUGAGCGACCUCCGACCGGUUCCGGACAACCAAGAAGUUUUCUGCCAUCCGGUGACCGACCAGAGCCUGAUCGUGGAACUUCUGGAGCUGCAGGCCCACGUGCGGGGCGAAGCGGCUGCGCGGUACCAUUUUGAGGACGUUGGCGGGGUGCAGGGGGCUAGGGCGGUGCAAGUGGAGUCUGUGCAACCUCUCAGUUUGGAGAACUUGGCCAUGAGGGGCUGCUGUCAAGAUGCCUGGUUCCUUUCUGGCAAACAGCAGGUAGCAAAGAAUGUCAUGCUGCAUCAGGCCUUACUGCGGCUGCCCCAGUACCAGACUGAUCUCUUGCUCACCUUCAAUCAACCCCCCUCUGACAACAGGUCUCUUGGCCCUGAAAAUCUGUCAUGUCCACCCUGGAGCUUGGGUAACUUUGAACAGCUGGUGACCAGUUUGACCCUUCAUGAUCCCAACAUCUUUGGUCCCCAGUAAAGAUGCUGAAGCCCAUCAUGCUGCUGCAGAGGACUUAGGGGCCCAGUUCUGAGAGGGGGAGAUGGAAUUUGAAUACCUGAGUUUCCUUCUACUUUCCUGGACGUCAACAUAAGACAUUCCUCUGCAGAAAUAAACUUGCUUUAUAACCAACAUAA